GAUACUUUUUAAAGCUCACCCGGUGAAGAGUGUCGGAAAGCAGCCAAGCCAACUCAGAGCCACGAAGUUUACAUCCAACCCGAUAACACCACCAAACACCCCCUUUCGCUCUCUCGCUUUGUGUAAAGGGAAUUAUGAGGUAAACAACGGAGCCAAUUUUUUGUAUUUCUGUAUUAUAUUCUCUUAGGCAAUUCGACGAAUACUGUCAUGCAAAAAUUCUUUCACUUCUACUUGCUGAGCUUCCUUUUGUGAUCGUUGAAUUGCAUUAAUUUUUCGAGUUUAUUUUGUAAAUGGCUGUUACUGUAUUGUGCUUCUCAAGAAUUUGUUGUAGUCAUGUCAACUGCACUGCCGUAACUGAUAGUAAACAGUCCAUUUCGAAAACCACUGGGUUAAUUGGAGGGACAACUUUAGGAUAUCAGAAGUUUGUCCCAUGUGGUUCUGUGGUAAAUUGGAAGAAACAUACGAGAGAAAAGGUGGGUUUUUGUGGGUUUGUGAUGAAAAGCUCACUUGGGGUGAAGGUGGGGAAUAUAACGAAUGGGAAUGCCUUGUCUUCAGAGGAAGUAAUUAGGGUUUUAAAGUCAAUUUCAGACCCAGAUGAGGGAUUUGCAUUCUUCAAAUCAGUUGCCGAGCUUCCCUAUGUUGUUCACACAACAGACACUUGUAAUUACAUGCUUGAGUUCUUGAAGGCUCACGGGAGGAUAGGUGAUAUGGCAGUUGUGUUUGGCUUGAUGCAAAAGCAAAUUAUAUAUAGGAGUUUGGAUACUUAUUUGACCAUAUUUAAGAGUCUUCAUGUGAGAGGAGGGAUUCGGAAAGCCCCAUUUGCUCUUCAACGGAUGAGAGUAGCGGGGUUUGUUUUGAACGCUUAUUCCUACAAUGGGCUAAUCCAUUUCAUUCUUCAGUCUGGGUAUUGUAAAGAGGCUCUAGAGGUUUACAGAAGAGCCAUCUCUGAAGGGAUCAAGCCUAGUCUGAAAGCCUACUCUGCGCUUAUGGUAGCUUUCGGGAAAAGAAGGGAUACUGAUUCAGUAAUGGGACUACUUAAAGAGAUGGGGAACUUGGGGUUGCAGCCGAAUGCGUAUACAUUUAAUAUAUGCAUUAGAGUUCUUGGAACGACCGGAAAAAUUGUCGAGGCUUUCGGUAUUUUGAAGAGAAUGGAUGAAGAAGGCUGCGAACCUGAUGUAAUUACCUAUACGGUUCUGAUUGAGGCUCUGUGUAAUGCAGGAAAACUUGACAAGGCUAAAGAUGUGUUAACCAAGAUGAAAUCCAGCCGUCAUAAACCUGAUCGAGUAACUUACAUUACUUUGUUGAAUAAGUUCAGUGAACGUGGAGAUUUGAAUGCUGUAAGACAACUUUGGAGCCAGAUGGAAGCCGAUGGAUAUGCUGCAGAUGUUGUUACCUUCACAAUACUUGUUGAUUGUUUGUGCAAAAUAGGGAAGGUGGAUGAAGCAUUUGACACCUUAGAUAACAUGAGAAAUAAGGCAAUCUCCCCAAAUCUCCAUACGUAUAACACAUUAAUUGGUGGGCUUUUAAGAGUCAAUAGAUUGAAUGAAGCCUUGACCCUUUUUGACAGCAUGGAAUCUUUGGGAAUUAAACAGACUGCUUACACGUACAUCCUUUUCAUUGACUACUACGGAAAGUCGGGAGAGCCUGAAAAAGCAGUUGAGGCCUAUGAGGAGAUGAAAAUUCGUGGGAUUACCCCUAAUACUGUUGCUUCUAAUGCAUUUUUGUAUAGUUUAGCAGCAAUGGGAAGGCUCGGGGAGGCGAAAGAUGUAUUUUGCGAGCUUCUAAAGAGUGGGCUUUCUCCGGAUUCUAUAACCUAUAGCAUGAUGAUGAAGUGCUACAGUAAGGCAGGGAAAAUAGAUGACGCCAUUCAGUUAGUCUCUCAGAUGAUGGAAAAUGGGUGUGAUCCAGAUGUGGUUAACAUUAAUUACUUAAUUGACGUUCUUUACAAGGAAGGUCGGGUGGAUGAGGCUUGGGCAAUGUUUUGCAAAAUGAAGGAGAUGGGACUUUCUCCUACUGUCGUGACUUACAAUACGCUAUUAGCCGGAUUAAGGAGAGAGGGGAAAGUUCAGGAGGCUGUGGAAUUAUUUAAGAGCAUAACUUCACAAGGGUGCCAUCCAAACACAAUUACUUUCAAUACGCUUCUGGAUUGCCUUUGUAAGAAUGAUGAGAUUGAUAUGGCCUUGAAAUUGCUCAAUGAGAUGGCAAAUAUGAAUUGCACCCCUGAUGUAUUUACUUACAAUACUAUCAUUUAUGGCUUAAUUAGUGAGGACAGGGUUAAUGAUGCAUUCUUGUUCUUCCAUCAAAUGAGAAAGAUGCUAUAUCCCGAUGAUGUGACUUUGCUCACCCUCAUCCCCGGUCUUGUGAAGGAUGGACGGAUUGAGGAUGCUUUCAGAAUAACUAAGUGUUUUGCUAACCAGGUUAGAAAUCAGAAAUACAGCUCUUUUUGGGGAUACUUAGCGCGAGGAAUUCUCAGGGUAGCUGAAUUAGAUCAAUCCAUUUUAAUAGUUGAGAGACUGGUAUUUGAAGGGAUUUGCAGAUAUGACUUGGUGUUGAUACCUCUAAUGAAGGUUGUGUGCAAGCGUAAGAAAACCCUUGAUGCUCAUCAACUUUUUGUGAAGUUCAUCACAAGUUUUGGAAUUAAACCAUCGCUAGAAGCAUACUAUAUCCUGAUUGAGGGGUUUUUAGAUGUUGAUCUCAAUGAAAUGGCUUGGGAUGUCUUCAAGGAAAUGAAGGCUUCUGGUUGUGCUCCGGAUGUUUUCACUUACAACUUGUUGCUUGAUAAUCUUGGGAAGUCUGGGAAAGUUGAUGAAAUUUUUGAAAUGUGUGAGGAGAUGCUAUGUAGAAGAUGUAAACCUAACACCAUAACUCACAAUAUAGUCAUUUCUGGUCUUGUAAAGUCUAAUAAGUUACAGAAAGCCAUAGAUAUGUAUUAUGAUCUUAUUAGUGGAGAUUUCGUCCCUACUCCUUGUACGUAUGGUCCUCUCGUAGAUGGUCUCUUAAAAAUGGGAAAUUUGGAUGAAGCCAAGAAUUUGUUAAAGGAGAUGACGGAUUAUGGAUGCAAACCGAAUCGUGCUAUCUACAAUAUUCUUAUAAAUGGAUAUGGUAAAGCGGGAGAUGUGGAAACUGCCUGUGAGUUGUUUGAUAGAAUGAGAAAAGAGGGUAUAAGGCCAGAUUUGAAGUCGUAUACCAUUCUUGUAGAUUGUCUUUGCAUGGUCGGUAAGUCAGAAGAUGCUUUGCGCUACUAUGCGGAAUUAAAGUCAACUGGCAUUGACCCUGACUUGAUUUUUUACAACCAAAUGAUUAACGGCCUUGGGAGAGAGAGAAGAACGGAAGAAGCUCUUUCUCUGUUCAAUGAAAUGAAGAAUAGAGGGAUUACUCCUAACCUUUAUACAUAUAAUUGCUUAAUACUCCAUCUUGGGGUCACUGGAAUGAUAGAGGAAGCCGGGAAGAUGUUUGAAGAACUCCUAGUUAAAGGCAUUGAGCCUACUGUCUUUACGUAUAAUGCUCUCAUUCGGGGAUAUACAAUGGCUGGGAAUCCGGAUCAUGCAUAUGCAGUCUAUGAGAAGAUGAUGCUUGGAGGCUGCAGCCCGAACCCUUGGACUUUUGCACAGCUACCUAAUUAAAUUGCUACUCAAUAGGGAUUCUCUAGACUGAUUGUCCUUUACCAUUUUGGUUGCAAAAUGAUGAAUCCACUUCAAUUUUGUGUCAGCUGAGUUGGAUACAGCAACACUACCAUGCAUUCAAAAGGUUCUAUGCACCCUGCCGCAUAAUACUUGUGGUAAAGUUUUAUUUCACAGAACUGUAAUUAACAAGGGUUGUGAAUACACGCCUAUUAUAUAUUUCCUUUGGCUUCUGUAGUGUAACAGAGAAGGUUAAAGUGUAAAUGAUAUAUUGUCCCUUGUUCAAUUGGUAUUUCGUGCUGAAUAUGUUUUGCUCAAUGUGCUAUAAAAUUUCAUUUUGUAAGAGCUUGCUUCUUGAAUCAGAACCUUGGUCUCUGCAUCUGUUGCCUAUAUUGCUUCUCAGUCCUUUCUGUUCAAGCAUAUACUAGCAUCUGUAAUGAAAACUUGUCUACAUGACCUAUCAAACUGUAAGCACAUUGUAUUGUC